CGAUGCGAUAGCGGGCUGGAGGGAAAAAAGAGAGAAAAAAACGAGGAAAGGGGAAUAUCGGAGGGUUUUGGGGAGGAUUUGGAUAAACUUUCCCAACUGUCCCGAGCCGAGGACGCUCCAGGGGGGGGCUGACGGGGAGUCGCCUUCACCGAAAUAAUGGACGAUUCCCAUUUCAACUCAUACUUUUGGUCUCCCAUCCCAACUGUUCAAGGACAGAUCGAGAACGCCAUGUUUCUGAGCAAAGCCAAGGAGCAGCUAAGUCCAGAGAAGACCAGUGCGUCUUUCAUCCCCCACUCCUCCGCCUCGUCCACCACCUCCCCCCACUACCCCACCGCGGUACUCGCCAUCCCCAGCUCAGUGGACGCGGGAUCCGGGCUGAGGGUGGUCACCAAACAGGAAGGAGGCGGAGGGGGGGGAAGCGCGCCCCUGAGCGCAGUCAGCACCCACCUGCACCAGUCACACACCUCGCAGAACGUCACCGUGGUGCCGGUGCCCUCCACCGGCAUCAUGACAGCAGCUGGCCUGGUCAUCACAACACCACAAGGCACGCUUGUCCCCAGCAGCUCUGCACAGUCGUUUGUGGCUGGACCACACACUGCCACCACCAUGAUCGUGUCGGCACUGCACCCCUCCAACGCAGACAAGAAAGGAGACAUUGCUGUCCCCCCGGCUGUCGUCAUGUCAACGCCGGGCAAGCGGGGUCGGAAGAGCAAGCAAGUGAUGGGAAGAGUUGGCGGGAUCCUUCCUCCCGGAAGUGACGCGUUAAUAUUAGCGCAUCUAGCAGCCGGAGGUCAACACCAUGCAGCUGCCGACCCGUACGAUCUGUCCAACGACGAGGACGAUCAACCCAACAAAGAUGGCCCCAAAUCCUACAGGUGUCGUAUGUGUGCGGUGACUUUCUUCAGCAAGUCAGACAUGCAGAUCCACGCCAAGUCUCACACCGAAGCCAAGCCCCACAAGUGUCCGCACUGCUCCAAGUCGUUUGCCAACUCCAGCUACCUGUCCCAGCACAUCCGCAUCCACAGCGGCGCCAAGCCCUACACCUGCACCUACUGCCAGAAGACCUUCCGCCAGCUCAGCCACCUCCAGCAGCACACACGAAACCACACUGAGGCCAAGCCCCACAAGUGCCCCCACUGCUCCAAGUCGUUUUCCAACUCCAGCUACCUGUCCCAGCACAUCCGCAUCCACACGGGGGCCAAGCCCUACACCUGCACCUACUGCCAGACCACAUUCCGGCAGCUCAGUCACCUGCAGCAGCACACACGGAUUCACACCGGGGACAGACCGUACAAGUGCAACCACCCGGGCUGUGAGAAAGCUUUCACUCAGCUGUCCAACCUACAGUCUCACCGUCGGCAGCACAACAAAGACAAGCCGUACAAGUGUCACAACUGCAACCGUGGUUACACCGACGCUGCCAGUCUGGAGGUGCACCUGUCCACACACACGGUCAAACAUGCAAAACUCUUCUCCUGCGGCCUCUGCAACCGGUCCUACACCUCGGAGACGUAUCUCAUGAAGCACAUGAGGAAACACAACCCUGACCCGCUGACUGUAGCCGCGACGGUGGCAGCUCAGCAGGCACAGGGCCUGGCAUCGGGAGGCGGCGCCAGAGGUCGGGGCAGGGGCAGAGGGAGGGGAGGCGGGGCAGGCCGGGCGGUCCAGCUCCAGAACCAGGCCAACAUCAAUAACCCCAGCCAGAACUCUAACAACCCCGGACCCCCGAGCAGCUACGCACAGCCCCAGCAGCCCAGCGACGCCGUGGUGUCCUGCCCCUUUGACCUCCAUCAGUUCAAAACUGUGGCGGCCAGUGAGCUCCAGUACAAACAGGUGACGGUGGGGGACUUACCGGUGGCCCACAAAGACCUCUGCCUCACCGUCUCCACGUCGGCCAUCCAGGUGGAGCACAUGAACUCGUAGGCCUCGUCUUCCGCAGCAUUUAUGAUUUUCUGUUGACAUAUAACUGAUUGUGUAAAAAAAAACAAAAAACAACUGUCAUGUAAGUGUUGUCUGUGGUGGAACCCAUCCCAGGAACACAGACAGGAAAGACUCGAGAGGAUUGACUCCUGGAGACUCACCUGGACUUGGCACUGAGUCCUCAUUUUCAAUGGAUGUUUCUUGUUUCCACCCCGGACCCACCAAGACAGAAACAGAACAGUCAUGUGAACGGCAGCAUCAUGAUGUCAGAUACAUCAACAAUAAUGUCUGUGCUCCAUCCACAAGAUCUGUCAGGACUCGCUCAUCUCAACACCUCUGCACCCGAGUUUUGUCAUCUGCCUUUCUGAACCUCGCCUGCCCGACUCGUGAACACUAACGCCACAACACUGUCUCCGACAUCCGGCACUUUUCCCCCUUGAAUUUGGCUGAAUCUGACUCACAUGUUGGUUCUCCUUGGCUGAUGAAGCUUCACAAAGCCUCAUUUACACUUGAUGACACUUUCUGCUCAACAACUGUAAACAGCCUUUUAGAUCAAACAUUUUUGUUAAGUGAAAGCGCCCCCUACUAGUAUCGCUGAUACUCGAAACCAAUGUUUAAAUGAGACUAUGGAGCAGAUGUUUUACAUUUCCCUCUGUGACAAAUAUGUUGUGUCAGCAUUGAUCCGACAAGUACCUGAUAAGCUAUGAUGAAGCUUCACGAAGCCUCUUUUUCAGAGCCCACUAGACGGCGCUUUCGUCGCAAUAAUCUGUGGCUUGGAUUUUAAGUAAAGUCUCACUUCAUUUUAUAGAGCAGGAGCGCCACCUAUUGAACUCUGAAAGUGUGUCUGUUUCAUGAAGCUUCAUUGCCAUCGUGGUGAGGAACUUACAGUAGAGCUGCUGCAGAAAGACAUGUCUGAUAAUAUAUCGGCAAGGUGUUCAAAACCGCAGAGAUUUGACCUGCUGGACUGGGAGUCUGGCUCCAUCAGAUAAGCUCUUUAUAUCGAGAGACCAGAGUAACAUCGGACAUGAAACAGGUCCUCAUUUAAAAGAUGCCCUCCGUGUGGAGAGGCAGCAGCUCUACUCCGAGUCUUGGGCAGAUGACAACCUCCCAGCAGAGGAGCAUCCAUUUUUCUGUCAUGUCAAAACUGGAUCAACAGAAAAUGUGACAACCAGAGUCCAACUUCGAUCUCCAAAAACGCACUUAACAUUCGGGAAAUGGUUCCACAGUGAAGGAAAAGCAGGAAGACAAAGGGCUCAGCGGGUGGGAGGGGUUUAACAGAAAGCACUUGAAGAGGCUUCUCCGUCUUUGUCUGUCAUCUUGUUUUUUUAAGUAUUAUAUAUAUAUGUAUGUAUUUUUUUACGAAAUGGAACACAUGGAGGAGUUCGUACGCAAAUGCAUGAAUGUGAAGGGAACAAGUGAGGAUUUUCAAAUGGCGAGUGUGCGAUCAUGACGGCUGACAGGUACUGUUAUUUACCUUUGUAGUAACGUUACUUUCUGUGCAUACUAUUUCUUCAUCGAGUAUAACUGAAGUGCAGGUGUUAGCCACGACACCGGAGGCAUGUGUUCGCAGUGAAGCUGUACAUACCAUGAGCUGUUAAAGGGAAACACAUUGGUGGAGUUCAGAGAACCAAAAACACUUGGCGACAUCCCGAGUCAAACCAAAAAGUAAAAAGUUUCAACUGGCAGACAAUUGACUCGACAAACCUGGAAACAAGCAGCCGUCGCGACCGCGUGCAUCUGCUGGUGCAGCCGGUCUUUUAAAGUGCUCUUUCAAAUAUCUCAUUGUGUCUUUUUUUGUAAUGAAAUAAGACUUGUUAGUGAUGCUUUGACUGAUUCUCCUGACUAUAAACUGACCUGCUACUCUCUUGUAUACUGUAUAAACCGUUAGACCUCUUGCUCACAGGAUCAGACUGUUUCUUUAAAUAAAGAUGAAACCAGUUU